AUGGAAUUUCUUCCUGAAUUUGAUAUGCUUCUUACCAUAUGUGAUUCAAGUCGCCGCCUUGGAGCUAUACAUUCUCAACAAUUAAAUCGUGCCCUUCGUGCAGAUCAACAACCAAGUGUUUAUGUUACCACUGCUGCUCCAAAUAUUGAACAAUGUCAUAUUGCUGUUGUUAGUAAAGUGGAACAUAAUCGUGGAAAACGUUUUGUUUAUGUAGCAACAAUCGACUCAAUUUAUAUUCUUCAAUAUGUUGUUAAACUUGGAGUAUUUUCAACAAUUAGACAAAUAUUAACAGAAGAACCACCUAUAGCUAUAUGUUCAACACAAAAUGGAUUUAUUUUUGGUGCAGAUAAUUUCCGUUUUCUUUCAAAUGAAAAUAAUUUUGGUGGAGAUGAUAUGCAAUUGGCAGUAGAUAAUUGUCCUUAUGACUUUCCUGUGGCAGUUGUUGAAAUUUCUGACAAUGAAUUUCUUUUGGCUUUUCAUAAUUUUGGACUUUUUGUCAAUUCAAAAGGAAAGAGGACUCGAAGCAGAAAUAUUGAAUGGGAAAAAGUGCCACUUGAAUUUGUUUAUACAGCUCCACAUCUUUAUAUUGUUUAUUGUGAAUUUUUGGAGGUUGUUCGUGUUGCCCCACAUACAGGGAUGGAAUCGAGUUUAUUAACCGACGACAGAAAUAUUUUUAAAUGUCGGUCUGCUCAUCAUACAGGGUUUGGACCCCGCCCAUAUGAUGUAUUAUUUGCUGUUUCGAGUGUUGAUAUUGUUGAACUUCAUUCUUUUAGCCGGGCAGAUGAAGAAUUACAACCUUCUGUAAAAUCAAUUUUAAAACGAAAAUUAAAUGAACCGACAUCUUCUAAUGAAAAAAGAAAAUAUUAA